GAGUGUACUCAAGUGUCCACGCAUUUUACUCAGUAAGACGGCGCCCGUCCGUGGGGGCAAGCCAUGCCAUCUCCCCUUGAGGACGAGUACCUUUAACUGCCCACCCUUUACUACCGGGAUGGGACCCACUGCAAAUAUUAACCCGCUGGCAUAUUUAUUCGGGCCAGGAUGGCUCUUCAGAUGAAAGGAUUCCUCGUCAUAUUGUUUUGCGUGGUCGGCAAGGGGAAAGGGGAUGAUAAAGUUGAAAUAUUCGACGUAUUAUCCAUCUUGCAAAAUGAAGAUCUACCUGAUGGAGUGUCACGGGUGCCGGGACGUUGCCAAACGUCUAACACCCACGAGUUGGAGCAUUCAGCUUAUGCCUUGAACGAAAACGCAACACUCCAUCGGCUUGCUGCUGGAAUGUUCUUCAACACUUUUCCUGAAGACUUCUCUAUCUUGACUGUAGUUCGUCUGAGGGGUACCGAGCAAAACCCUGUCUUCGUAUUGUACUCGGACGCCGGCGAUGAACAGCUGCAGUUAGUUGUUGGUGAACUCAUUGAGCUGUACUAUGAGGACACACGAGGAGAUCCUGAAGAUAAUGAACUCCUCACCUUCAGAGUCAAUAUCGCCGAUGAAAGAUGGCAUAGAGUUGCAAUUAGCAUCAAAGGUGACUCUGUAACACUGCUAGUUGACUGUGAGAUAAAAGGCACCUUGCAGUUAAGAAGACAUCCUGGAAGCACAUUUAAUCUUGCUGGAGUUCUAGUUGUGGGUGCUCAAGUUACUCCCGACCAGUAUUAUGAGGGUGAUAUUGAAUUGCUCCAGUUUGCUAAUCAACCUGAUCUUGCAUACGAUAUGUGUACAUCUACCGCCCUAGACUGUGGAUCAUUUGGAUCAUACGAUUUUUCCUCAGAAUUAACAAGGAAUGAGGUCAAAGAACCUGAUUAUGAUAUAAAUGAACCAAGUCCCAUUAAUGAGAACAAUUAUGGCCCACUUGGACAAAAUAGAUUAUUUAAAGAGAAAAAUCAGUCUGAUAAUCUAUGGGCCUCAGCAAGCAAAGAUUUAACCACCGCUAAGCCUUAUUGGCAAGUGCCUGAAUCUUUUGGCAUUACAUCGCGUUACGCUGCAACAGACAAUGACGAAAACAGCAUCUUUGGGCGAUUUACGGACACUGAGGAAUUUAUGUCAACUACUUCUAAUAUAGAGGUAACACCGCCUGGAUAUUUAGAAGUAUCUAGCCUAGCAGUAAAACGACAAAUUGGUGAUGACACAGACAUUUUAACACUUUCUACCACGGAAUAUCCAUAUAUACCUAUAACAACCACCGAAGACUCCGAAUGGCUCACACAUCCUCCGGAUAGUGGCGAGGGUAUUACCUCCACAAUCUACGAACCAACAGACACCUAUUAUGAUUACGGCAGCUCCGGAACGUAUUUCGGUCCUCGGGGGUAUCCUGGGCCUCCUGGACCGCAGGGACCGAGAGGACCGAAAGGGGAACCUGGUAAACCCGGUACAGAGGGACAACAGGGAUUCACUGGACCACCAGGACAUGUAUUUGUAGUACCUCUUCAGAACCCUGGAAACGAAAAGGGACCAGAUGCACAAUCAGAAGCACUUCGCCAAAUACUAACUCAACAUAUGGCCGCAAUGAGAGGCGCAGAAGGUCCUAUGGGUCUUAAUGGGCCACCAGGCCCUGAGGGAGAGAUUGGAUCUGAAGGGCCAAAAGGAGAACAAGGAGAUCAGGGCGAACCAGGACCACCCGGACCAAGGGGCAUUCAAGGGCCUCAAGGCAGAUUAGGUCGACGUGGACACGCAGGAAGAGAUGGGGAAAGAGGAUCUCCAGGUUCACCGGGUCCUAAAGGUGAACAGGGUUAUCCAGGACAGACUGGUAUGCCUGGUGAUAAAGGUGAAAGGGGAACACCAGGUCAGCAAGGCGAAGCCGGUGCUCCCGGUCUUGAUGGUCCUCCCGGCGACGAUGGACCACCUGGGCCACCAGGACUAUCUGGAGAAUUGGGGCCAAGAGGUUUUACAGGCCCCAGAGGAUUCCCAGGCCUUAUUGGUUAUCCAGGAAUACCAGGCAAUGAAGGCCCUCAAGGAACUAAGGGAGCAUCAGGACAACCAGGACCUCCUGGAACCCAAGGACAGUCAGGACCGAUGGGGCCAGCUGGCUCUCCUGGUCCUCAAGGAUCUAUUGGCGCACCAGGCAUUCAGGGAUCUCAAGGAAAACAGGGAAUCUCGGGGUUACCAGGUCCCGAAGGUUCACCGGGAACGCCUGGAACACCAGGUCAACAAGGUUCAUCUGGUGACGUUGGAAUGCCGGGUCCACAAGGCAUGGUAGGAUUUCCUGGGCCACGAGGCUUAAAAGGCGAUGAUGGACCUAGAGGUUUAUCUGGUGAUAAAGGAGACAGAGGAAUUAGAGGAAUAGAAGGUGAGAAGGGUGAGACAGGACCCAAAGGUGAACGUGGCUUACCAGGUGAACCUGGUCCCACUGGUAUUGAAGGGCCUGAAGGACAAAAGGGAACCGAAGGGCCAAGAGGUGAGACGGGAUCAAAUGGCCCUACAGGUGAAAAAGGCGCUACUGGACCACAAGGACCCUCAGGUUAUCCUGGAAUGCAGGGAGAAAAAGGAGAUAAAGGCGCAUCGGGUAGACGGGGAAGGCGUGGAACUAAGGGAGUAGCGGGAAUGGUCGGAAGCCCAGGAGACCGAGGAGAAGGUGGUCCGAGGGGAUAUCGUGGAUCGCGUGGUCGUAGAGGAUCCGAUGGACCACCUGGACCUAAAGGUGACACUGGUCAACCGGGGCCGCCUGGGUCUGUUGGUGAAAGAGGCUCACAGGGAAUAGAAGGGCCUCGAGGAUUUCCAGGUCCUAUGGGGCCUCCAGGAAUAGAUGGCAAGCCGGGCUUGCCCGGAUCGCCGGGUGAACGAGGACCUGUGGGUGAAACAGGAUCUCCGGGAUUACCUGGACCAACGGGAUCUAUUGGUCCCCAAGGACAAAUUGGUGACCAAGGACCGCCUGGACUGCAAGGUCCAUCUGGCAUUCCAGGAACACCCGGAGAAAUGGGAACUCCUGGAGAAAUGGGAAAAGAAGGGCCAGCGGGUCUACCGGGCCCAGAAGGAAAGCCAGGGCCUGUUGGACCGCCAGGUUUGCCUGGCCAUAAUGGAGAGUCUGGUAUGCCAGGGAUGCCGGGAACACCAGGAUCUAAAGGUGAUAUGGGCCCGUCCGGGCCUCCCGGAGUAAGAGGUGAUAAAGGGCAGCAGGGCGAACCUGGCCGUGAAGGCUUACAAGGGUCUGUGGGUCGCGAUGGGCCUAGAGGAUCGCCUGGGCCCGGUGGACAAAAGGGAGAAGUAGGAGAACCUGGCCCUAUAGGUCCUGUCGGCCGAGAUGGUUUACUCGGACCCAGAGGCUUAGUCGGUCCUCCCGGUCCAGUGGGACUCCCGGGCGAGGAUGGAGAUAAAGGAGAUGCAGGACCACCCGGCGAAAAAGGUUUUAAAGGCUCAAUGGGGGAACCUGGUCCGCAAGGUUCACCCGGAAUUCAAGGUUUAAGAGGUGAGCCAGGGUCUGUGGGCUUGCCUGGGGAUAAAGGUCCACAAGGCGAUCCGGGUCCAAUUGGUGCGCCCGGAACAGACGGAGUACGCGGACCAGUUGGCCCUACGGGUAAAACUGGGCCAGAAGGACCUAAAGGGGAACCGGGUGCAAAUGGAGAUAGAGGAGACGUUGGACCUAUUGGUCCAGUUGGACCUCCUGGCCUAACUGGGCCGCCGGGAAGACGUGGUGCAAAAGGAAACACCGGGGAGCCUGGACCCCGGGGACUUGAAGGAGAUCGUGGUGAAAUAGGGAGUCCUGGCCCAAUUGGUCCAGCAGGACCACAAGGGCCUGAAGGCAAAAUAGGACCCAGAGGUUCUAUUGGGCCGAAGGGUGACGACGGCGCCCCAGGUUUGCAAGGAGAACCAGGUUCAAAAGGAGUUUCGGGCCCGGAAGGACCAAAAGGAGAUCCUGGACCAGCUGGUUUUCCGGGUGAUCGUGGCGAAUCUGGUCCGCAGGGAACUAAGGGUGAACCAGGUCCUGAUGGCCCUGAGGGUAGUACAGGACCACCUGGCCCGCCGGGCGUCGUUGGACCGCCAGGCAAACCAGGAGAAGCUGGAAUUCCAGGCAGUCCCGGUACAGAAGGUCAGGCAGGUGCUCAAGGCAGUCCAGGCGUCCCAGGCGAAAAGGGAGAUGCAGGGCCCAAAGGGAUUUCAGGAGAAAUUGGCCCAGCUGGGCCACCAGGGUCACUUGGGCCAGAAGGACAAAGGGGAUUACGAGGACUCCCAGGGCCACCUGGUGAUGUAGGCCAACCAGGUGCUAUGGGACCAUCUGGUUCACCUGGAAUCGCUGGAUUACCGGGGUUACAAGGAGUAAGGGGAGAGAAAGGCAACAGAGGUCCAAAAGGCCAUAUUGGAGAAACAGGUCCGAUGGGUUUGAAAGGCGAUCAAGGGGAAAUGGGUAAACAAGGAUUACAGGGGCCCGUUGGACCUGCAGGACCUAAAGGAGAUACGGGCCCAAUCGGACCCGCGGGACCGAAAGGAGAUAUUGGUCCCGCUGGCCUUCCAGGACCAGAGGGGCCCGUAGGGCCAAAGGGCUCGUCUGGCCCAGAAGGUCGACCAGGGCUUCCCGGACCACCUGGCAACCCAGGGCCGCCUGGACCACCUGCUCCAGCGCCACGAAUACCGGCAGAAUUAUUUAUGACUCAAAGAAAACGACGUAGCAUUGUUACAGAAUCUAUGGAAACUGCAACACAGGACGAGUUUGAAGAUGAGGAUGAUGAUGAUACUGAAUGGGUCAGCGAAGUGUUAUCGAGCGUUAUAGCAGCGCAUACAGCCUUAGACACGGCUAAAAGACCGCGGGGUACCAGAGAUAAUCCUGCUGUAUCCUGCAGAGACUUGCGGACUUCUCACGUCAAUUUAACUGAUGGCUUCUACUGGAUUGACGCACGCGGGGCAAGUUCACGCCCGAUACACGUGUAUUGCCAGGGUUACAGCACCUGCUUGUAUCCUGACAACAUCAAUGCCGCUGCUGUUUUCAUGGACACUGAUGGCCACAAGUUUUCGCAGCGUGACUACGGAUAUCGCAUUACGUAUGACAGCGAAGGCUCUGGCUCGAUUCAACUGCGUUACUUGAGGUUACUCUCCAACGGCGCGAGGCAAAACUUUACUUACACCUGUGUCAAUACUCAAGCCCCACAAAGAUCGGAUAUACCAGCUGAUUUAAUAAGAGCUAACGGCGUUAAGCUAUUUGGGCAGAAUAACGUCGAGUUUAAGGAACCACAAAUUAUUAAGGAUCAGUGCGAGGAUGGUGCAGGAGAAAUAGUUCUUGAAGUGCGGACAUCUCGUAGUGAGCGCUUACCAAUCAGUGAUUUUCAACCUAUUUCAUUUAUUGAUGCAAAGCACGACUUUUCAUUUACAGCUGGUCCGAUAUGUUUCAACUGAACUAUGAAAGGGCCAUUCACUAUUAUGUACUUAAAACCUUUGAUCUUUGUAAAUAUUGUAAAUAAAUGUU